AUGUUAGACACCGAACCCCAGGACGACAACAACAACGCUUAUGAUAUAAAACAACAACAGCAAAAUGGUAAAGUGCCUUCAACCGAAGGGCGUGAUCCUGCCUACUUUUCAUAUUAUGCGAUGCUUCAGCAUCAGCAAAAUAUGUUACAAGACACCGUACGCACUUCUACUUUUCGCUCGGCAAUUCUGUUAAAUGGUCCGAUGUGUUUUGCCAAUAAACUUGUUUUGGACGUGGGAGCUGGUUCAGGAAUCUUGUCCUAUUUUGCUGCUCAAGCUGGCGCACGGAAAGUUUAUGCGGUUGAGGCAUCUCUAAUGGCCCAGAAAAUGAAAAAAUUAAUCGACGCAUCUAAUCCUGCCAACCCUCAUAUCUUACCAAAAAACACUUUUCUAAAGAACAAAAUAGAAGUAAUUCAAGCGAAGAUUGAAGAGCCCAAUCUUCCAAUCCCAAAGGUUGAUACGAUCAUUUCUGAGCCAAUUGGUGUUUUAUUAAUUCAUGAAAGAAUGUUGGAAAGUUUUCUUUAUGCAAGAAAUACUUAUCUCAAGCCGGGUGGAACACUUUUCCCUUCAACCGGUUCAAUUCAUCUUGCACCAUUCACUGAUGCUGCUUUGUGGAGUGAGACGAUGGGAAAAGUGCGUUUUUGGGAGCAAAAUUCAUUUUAUGGGAUCGAUUUAUCAACAUUAUAUAACGAUGCCUGGGAUGAAAUGUUUGGCAUGCCGGUAGUUGGUGGAUUUGAUCCUCGGACUUUACUUGCUCCUUCAAGCGUUGGUGGAUUUGUCGUUGAUUUUUACCAUAUAACGAUGGAAGAACUGCAGGACUUUACAAUGCCAUUUAAUUGGCUAGCAAAUUAUACUGGUAUUAUACAUGGAUUAGCUGGAUGGUUUGACCUGCAUUUCGCACCGCCGCCCAAUAUUCAGGAUGGAACUGCGAUUAACAUGUCCACCAGUCCAGCUUCCGAACGAACACACUGGCAACAAGUUCGGUUCUUGUUGAAAGAGCCAUUGGCUGUGAAUGCAGGGCAAAAAAUUCAAGGAUGGAUGCGGUGUACAGUAAACGAGAUGCGUUCUUACACUAUACAAGCGGAGAUUUUGGUGGGAGAGGGUGAACUUUCAAAUCCACGAACUCUCCAUUCAUUCAGUAAGAUGGACUAUAAUCGUCGACGUGGUAAAUGGCAUUUACAUGAGCAAACCUACAACUAUAAUUAUUAUCCGCAACCCGAUGUUGCGUUUAGGCCAGAAUACAAUUGCCUAUAUGAAUCAGAACAAGCAUUAGAUCCAAUGGGAGUCGAUUUAAAUAACGUGUUGGAGGAAAAUCAAUUUAUGUUCGAGGAAACUCAUUCUUAG